CCCCAAACCAACGGGUUGGUUGAAAGAUAUAAUAAGACCCUGUAUGAAUUUAUCGCAAGGUCAGUAGAUGACGUUAGUGACUGGGACCUGAUUAUACCCGCGGUAUUGUUUGCAUACCGUACCUCCAGACAUGCAACCACCAAAAAUACCCUAUUCUAUUUGAUGUAUGGAAGGGAAGCUCGACAGCCAAUCGAUUUGGAUGAUCUAUUAGAAGGAACAAUAAUACAAAGGACGUUUCAAUUGUUAGAAGAUUUACUGAUAACACGCCAUGAGGCUGUGGUAAGGAUCCAACAUGCACAACAGAAACAAAAAGCACGACAUGAUCGAAAGGCCUGUUUCCCACCUAACCUGUCCAUUGGUGAUAAAGUCUUGUUAUACCGAGCCUCGAAAAAGUAUAAUAGAAGCGUGAAGUUGGAACCAAAAUGGGAUGGUCCGUUUUAUGUCUAUCAGAUACUAAAACAAGAUGUGUAUAAGUUGAGAACCAUAGAAGGAAGG